GCGGGAACGUGCUGAGGGUCAGCCGGUGAGGAAGGGACCAGACGUUUCAUGGCUGGCACAGUUUGUUUAGUUUACCAUGUCCUGACACACCUGUGGCACUUAGUCUCGUAGCGGCCCAGUGCAGUCACUGCUGUUUUUGUCCGAAGUCUGCCAGCGACAGAUUAACUUACUUGCCUAAGUUCCCACCAUUAGUAAUCAGUGGAACUUGGACUAAGCACCAAGUUGGUUUUUUUCUGCCUCUCCAGCCUGGUCCCGGGUCCAGAAGCACCUUCCCAGGACACCUUGGCAGACGUGCAUCCCUGGAGGAGACGGUAUGGGCUCAGCUCAGGGGUGUCCUCAUCCAGCCUGUCCCUUUGCCCAUUCUGCUUAAUGCGUUGACCGUUCCUCCAGGGCUCGGUGGUUCCUGAUGUGCCCAGACCAGUGGCUUCCAGAAGGAGAAAGGCCCUAAUUUGUAGCCUUUGUCAACUUUCAUAGUGUAAAUGCUCCCACCACGCCCUGUUUCAGGCCACCGACCCACUGUCACUGUGUGGGUAGGAAGGAUACAGACAUGGGCUCUCACAGCCGUCUGAGAGCCAGUUCCACUCCGCCACUGGCCCAGACCCAGCGACCUUGGCUGGUCUGAACUGUGGACACAGCAUUUGGUCAGAGUCCAUUGAAGUGGGGGAGGCAGCGGCGUGUGGAGGCCUAAGGAUGGGCCAGAGCGAGACCUGAGGUCACGUCCUGGCCUCCCACUUGUUAACUGUGUGGCCUUGACCUCUUUGCCUGCGUUUCCUCAAUGGUAAAAUGAGGGCACGGUAAAUAGUCCCCAAUCUGUGUAGCGUUGCCACGAGGAUGAAAAGAGUUCAUGAUGCGCUAAAAAAAAAACCCCCAAAAAGAAUGAUGCUAAGUGCCUUGCACAGUGUCUGGACAUAAAUGCUCAAUAAAUGCCAGCUCUUUAUUACUGUUGGUCGUUGACCCCAAUGGCAGCGCCAGCUCUAAAACAGUAUUUGAACACUCCCCUCGGUUAGAACCUCCAGCCCAAGUUGUGGGCAGGUGCCAGGCAGUGGGGGGAGCUCCUGGGACUUCUUCCCGGCUGCUCAAAGGAGGGUUCAGACCCUCCCCUCCAUCUUUGGUUGGAGAACAGCACCUCGACUGCUUAGGCCCAGCCGGAUUCUUGGGCCUUUUCUCCAAGCGGACAGAGGUUAGACUGUGCUUAGCCCUCUCCCGGCUCCUCCUGGCUCUAGAAAGGCAGAGCAAGUGCUGACCUCACCACUGAACUCGCUUAAGGCCAUCACCUCCCAUGAACGUAUCAGACCCCAGACCCUGUCCCAGGGACAGAGGCGGUGGGAAGGGGCCAGGACAUGCAAACAGGGUGGAGGGGGAGACUCCAACGAGCCAGGCGGCCUGCGUGGAGCACUGGGUGCCUGGGCACUGAACGGAGGUAAAUGUCACUGGAGCCGUGACCCUCCCCUGCGACCUGCUGCACCUGGCUGCAGGGCCACAGGCUGGCCCUCUGGAAGUCUGGUCCCUGAGUGCCCUGGCCUUCUCCCUGCAGCCUCUGGCCCCUUUGUGCUCUUCCAAGAGGCUCUCUUGGACUCUUUAGGGCACAAGCCAGGCUGCCUUACAGCUGUGCUCCCCUUCUCCGUCUGACCCGGGGACCUGAGAUGCAUGGCAAGAUGGGGAAGAGAGGAACAGGGGGUCCUCAGACUCCGGGGUCCUGGGAAGAGGGAGCGCAGCUGGGUGGCCUCACUGGGCAUGGUUGGACGCAGUGAAGACCAGUCCCACUGAGGCCCUUGGUCCUGAUUUAGGGCCCGAAGGGGAAGUUCCAGGAGGCGAGGACUCAACACGCCUUGCCUAGCACGGGGCUGCCCGUGGAGCUGCAGCUGUGCGUGACUGGUGGCCCAGGACCCCCACACACCCCCUGUGUGUCCGUGAAAACAGAGGAGGUGGGCUGAGAGGUCCCUGGAGCGCUCCGUACCCACCCCAGCCAGACGCGAAGCACGGGUGAGGAAACCGCAAGGAGCGGACAGACUGAGGAGACAGGCUCAGACACGCGAGUGUAAUAAACGAGGCUGAAAAAUGUGCUGCUCUCUCCCAAAGUCGGGCCACUGGAACCGGGCUGGGGCCUGAGCAACUUUCGUGCUUGAGAGAGAAAGUUUAGGUCUGAUGGGCAGGAGACCAGCUUGACGCCCUGAAUGGCAAGCCUGAGGUUCUGUGCUUGAACUUCUAUUUAAUAACAUAAAUGGUGCUUCUAUUUAACCUUUUAAAAAGUCUAUUAAAAAUCAUGGGAAAGUAGAAUGUUCGAGCUUAACCCCCUCCAUGUCCGGGUCAGGCAGUGCCCACAGCUGCUGCCCCCGAGACUGCCCCCGGCCCAGCAGAGCCAGGCUGGCACGGGAGCCCACAGAUCUCUACAGACUCAGAAACACCCAACCUAGCUGGGAAGGGCCACCGUCUGGGCCUGCCCUUGAGAGCCCUGGUGGCCCGGACGUGGGGCGAUGCCUCAGUCACAUCCAGAACCAGGGCAGAGGGCACCCCCGCCUCAGCCUGGUCACACAGGUAGGGCCCUGGCAUCCCCAGUUCUGACCCUGCGGAGGAGGGAAGGGGUGACAGACUCAAAUGCGCCCAGGCGCUGUUUGCUGAGGCUUGUGGAGAGCCCACCUACGGCAAUCGAUUGAAUUCCUGACUAGUAAGUGGGUGGUAAUUAGACCACCCGUUUCCAGGUGAAAACCCGAAGCCCAGAGAAGCUCGAUGAUUUCUGUCAAGCUCUGAAGCUGGCGUCGCCCCUGCCACCAGGUCGCCUGGGGCCAGAGCUGGCUGCCCCGAGUCGCCCGCUUUGAUGGACGGAGGGGGCGGGGGCGCGGAAGCUUUAAAGCGCCCCAGUUGGUCGGCUCCCGGCGGUGCGAGGCGGGCACUCUCAGAGCCGCGGGGCGCAGUGAGCAGUGGCCCGAGCAGGGUCCCCAGAAGCAUCAGAGGGGCCAGCAGAGCUGGGGCGCCUCCACCUACGGUGGGGAAGGAACGAACCCCUAGGGGUAGAGGCGCAGAGCCUGCCAGGGGUGCGGAGUGUCCCACGUUGCCACGGAGAUGGCACUGCACGUGUGGUGACGGUGCUCGCGCCCCGAGGGUCCCACCCCCGUGCCCGGCGUCCCUGGGCGAGCAUGGAGCCCCCAGAGCCCGAGCUGAUCCGGCAGAGCUGGCAGGCGGUGAGCCGGAGCCCUCUGGAGCACGGCGCAGUGCUGUUCACCAGGCUGUUUGACCUGGAGCCCGACCUGCUGCCCCUCUUCCAGUACAACUGCCGCCAGUUCUCCAGCCCAGAGGACUGCCUCUCCUCCCCUGAGUUCCUGGACCACAUCAGGAAGGUGAUGCUUGUGAUUGAUGCUGCGGUGACCAACGUGGAGGACCUGUCUGUGCUGGGAGAGUACCUGGCUGGCCUGGGCAGGAAGCACCGUGCAGUGGGUGUGAAGCUCAGCUCCUUCUCGACGGUGGGCGAGUCCCUGCUCUACAUGCUGGAGAAGUGCCUGGGCCCCGCCUUCACGCCGGCCACCAGAGCAGCCUGGAGCCAGCUCUACGGGGCCGUGGUGCAGGCCAUGAGUCGCGGCUGGGAUGGCGAGUAAGAGGCAGGGUCUGCCUGGCGGCCUCCACCUGGUGGCCUUCAUCUGUCUGUGUCUGUCAAUCUGUGUCUGUUGUAGCCCAGGCCCCCCUAGGCCUGCCUGCGUCUUGCUCCUUGUCCCCUUGACCAUAGAGAAGAGGUGAUAGAGCAGGCCUGAGUCUCCACCCCGGCCCCUCGAAGUACAGACGGGUGGCUUUUCCUUCAGCAAAGGGCUUCUGGAUUUUCCUGCGUCCUCGGUGGCUUCUUCCCUGCCUGCCCUCUUUCCCCUCUGGAAUCUCUCCUUCGGCCACGAGGAGCAGCAGCAUACUGGUGGCCCUGGAGGCCUGGGGCCGGGAAGGUGUGGGGCUCUUCUGUCAGAGCCCCCUCCGGGUGAGCCUGGGCCAAGUGGGGGAGUGGACGGCUGAGCUCCAGGCUCCUUCUUCAAUGCUUUGCUCUCCCAGGUGUUUGCCUUUCACAAGGGAAGGGGAGGGACAGCUUGAGCCUCCACGGCAGAAUCCCAGGCAGGUCAGCGGGAGAACCACUGAGGAAGGGACAGGUGAGGCUCUGUGAGGGGCUCGUCGGGGCCUCAGGGACCUACCAUGGUGUCCCUGCAGUAUUCCCCCCCCCCCCCCCCCCACAGCACUUCUGGUGGCAGCUCCCUUGUUGUCUCUCUGUAGGAACCAGCUAGCCAGCCAGGAUGGGGAGGGGGAGGGGCGGCUGUGGAAAGCCAAGGAAGGAGGGUGACUUCAUUCCGAGAGACCGGAGUCUCCUCUCGCCAGCCUUCCUUCCUGCCUCUGCCCGCACUGCAGGCAGGCCCACAGCGCCCCGUCUUUCAUUCUCGGUGUGUGCCAGUACUCAGGGGGGUGGAUAGGCAAGAAAGCAGCCCCUCUACCUUCGCCCCGAGCUGCCUGCACUUUAAUCUUUUGCUCUGCGCUGUGGUUGUGUAAACCCCUGAGGAAUAAACCUCUUCUGUGCGACUCUCUG